GGCCCAGGCCCCACAGGUGAGUGGAUAGAGGAGCUCACUGAGAAGCCCCAGCAUGUGACAGUGACGGUGCUGAGCUCCACGACUGCCCUGACCUCCUGGACGGCGUCACACGAGAGCAGUGGCAACAGCACCAUCGUGUCUGUGCUCUCCCUCACCUGCCAGAAGCAAAAGGAGAGUCAGAGGCUUGAAAAGCACUACUGCACUGAGGUGAAUUCGAGCAGCAGCCUCAUUGAAAAUCUUGUUCCUGGUGCCCAGUACCAAGUUGUGGUUUAUUUACGGAAGGGACCAUUGGUUGGACCUCCUUCUGAUCCUGUCACAUUUUCCAUUGUGCCCACUGGAAUAAAGGAUCUGACACUUUACCCUUUGGGACCUACUGCUGUGGUUCUGAGCUGGAACAGGCCUUUCCUUGGGGUGUUCAGGAAAUAUGUGGUAGAAAUGUUUUACUUCAACCCAUCAACGAUGACCUCGGAGUGGACAACCUACUAUGAAAUAGCAGCAACUGUCUCCUUGACUGCCUCUGUGAGAAUAGCCAACCUGCUGCCUGCUUGGUAUUACAAUUUUCGGGUCACCAUGGUGACCUGGGGGGACCCAGAGCUGAGCUGCUGUGAUAGCUCCACCAUCAGCUUCAUAACAGCACCAGUGGCACCCAAAAUCACCUCUGUAGAAUAUUACAACCACCUUUUGUAUGUCACCUGGACCUACGGAGGAGAUGGGCCCGACCUUUCUCAUUCCAGGAUGCUGCACUGGAUGGUUGUUGCAGAGGGAAAGAAAAAAAUCAAGAAGAGUGUAACACGCAAUGUGAUGACUGCAGUGCUGAGCUUGCCUCCAGGGGACAUUUACAACCUUUCAGUGACUGCUUGUACUGAAAGAGGCAGCAAUACUUCCAUGCCCCAACUUGUGAAAUUGGAACCAGCCCCUCCAAAAUCACUGUUUGCUGUCAACAAGACUCAGACCUCUGUGACUCUGCUGUGGGUGGAAGAAGGAGUAGCUGAUUUCUUUGAAGUCUACUGCCAGCAGGCUGGAUCUGGCCAGGAAACAAAAGUCCAGGAACCUGUGACGGUCUCUUCACACGUUGUGACCAUUUCCAGCCUGACCCCUGCCACCUCCUACAACUGCAGCGUGACCACCUUCAGCCACAACAGCCCCAGCAUCCCCACCUUCAUUGCAGUUUCCACCAUGGUCAGGGAGAUGAACCCCAAUGUCGUGGUAAUCUCCGUGUUGGCCAUCCUCAGUAUCCUCCUGAUUGGACUGCUGCUGGUCACUCUUGUUGUACUCAGGAGAAAACACCUACAGAUGGCCAGGGAGUGUGGGGCUGGGACCUUUGUGAAUUUUGCAUCUUUAGAGAGAGAUGGAAAGCUCCCCUAUAACUGGCGUAGAAGUGUAUUUGCUUUCCUAACUCUGCUACCCUCAUGCCUUUGGACUGAUUAUCUUUUGGCAUUUUAUGUUAAUCCUUGGAGUAAAAAUGGAUUAAAGAAGAGAAAGCUGACCAACCCUGUCCAGUUGGAUGAUUUUGAUGGCUACAUCAAAGACAUGGCCAAAGACUCGGAUUAUAAAUUUUCUCUGCAAUUUGAGGAGCUAAAACUGAUUGGGCUUGACAUACCCCACUUUGCUGCUGAUCUGCCCAUGAAUCGCUGUAAAAAUCGCUACACAAAUAUCCUGCCAUAUGAUUUCAGUCGUGUCCGGUUAGUCUCGAUGAAUGAAGAAGAGGGAUCUGACUACAUUAAUGCCAACUACAUCCCUGGUUAUAAUUCACCCCAGGAAUACAUUGCAACCCAAGGACCGCUGCCAGAAACUAGGAACGAUUUUUGGAAGAUGGUUCUCCAGCAAAAAUCACAAAUCAUUGUUAUGCUCACUCAGUGCAAUGAGAAAAGACGGGUGAAAUGUGACCAUUACUGGCCUUUUACGGAGGAUCCUGUUGCAUAUGGGGAUAUCACAGUGGAGAUGCUGAGCGAGGAGGAGCACACGGACUGGGUGUACCGCAGCUUCCGAAUCAGCUACGCUGAUGAGGUGCAGGACGUGAUGCAUUUUAACUACACGGCCUGGCCUGACCACGGCGUCCCCACCACCAACGCUGCCGAGAGCAUCCUCCAGUUUGUACAGAUGGUCAGGCAGAAAUCAGCAAAGACUAAAGGCCCCAUGGUCAUACACUGCAGCGCUGGCGUGGGACGGACGGGAACGUUCAUAGCCCUGGACCGGCUCUUGCAGCACAUCCGUGACCACGAGUUCGUGGAUAUUUUGGGCCUGGUGUCGGACAUGAGGUCCUACAGAAUGUCCAUGGUGCAGACAGAGGAGCAGUACAUUUUUAUUCACCAGUGUGUGCAGCUGAUGUGGCAAAAGAAGAAGCAGCAGUUCUGCAUCAGCGAUGUCAUAUAUGAGAACGUCAGCAAGUCCUAGUCCAGAGCCACAGGUGGUGAGACCAUGAAGCACAUCCAUCUUCCCUUGCUUCUGAUUUUUUUUCUGUUGAAGGUUUGAACGGGCAGGUGCUGUGCCACGAGAGACUACUGCUUUGCAGUGCACAGACAAUGAGGAAAAGAAACUUUUACCUUUCUGAAGCACUGGGGAGACAAAGCCUUAACGAGCCUGCGGUGUCUUUUGAACUGUUUCAUUUCUGGACAUUUUUUUUAAAUACUGGACCAAAUUCAGCUAAACAACAUGAAGGAAAAGACACUAUAUGUGCAUAAGAUAGA